AUGUAAGGCGGGUAUAAGCACAAUCGGAUUACGAGCACAAAAACAAGGGAAACCUGGACACGAUUAGUGGCGAAGAAAAACGAAGUCCUGCCAACUUAGUCCAAAUUGUUUUUUAGCCGGCUGCCUACACGCCUGCGUUUUGAGCAAAGCGGUAGUAUCUUUUUCGGGGCCAUCGAUAGCUUGUCAUCUCCAGUAAAAAUGCAGAACUUGAAGAUCCAAGAGGAAGUAAAUUCAUUGAUGAGUCUAGGCCAGCACUUUGAUGACCAGUUAAAGCUGGCAGGCGUCGAGUUGGGCGAUUUCUCGGACGACGACCUGGCGCUCCUUGACAAAUGCGCCCAAUAUUAUUCACUUUUGCACAUCCACGACUUCAAUCUAAACUACUUGCGCGAUUUCUAUUGUGCCAAGAAGAGGGAAUGCAUUGAAAACCGGCAGACCAGAGUGCAGCAACGUGUAGAGCUGCAGCGCAUUCUGUCUUCCAUCGAAGAGGCGACUAGGGACGUAGUUAUGUUGGAGAGAUUUAAAGCUGCUGCGGAAGAGCGGCUCAUCCCGGACAUCGUCGUUAUGCAGCGAAACGGCCAAAAGCUUGCAACAAAACAGGCCUUACUGGACCGGCAAAAAACCCUUAAGAUCCCAAAGGAUUUUAGUAUUGAAAGUGUCAUCGAGAAGGUAGAUUCACUGGAGCAGCGCUAAAGAAGUGAACUGCUUUCGUUUUUAAAAAAUUAUUUAAUUGUAUUUACUCAGUAAUGCAAAAACACUUUACAAAAACAUAAAAUUUUCAAAUUUAAAAGAUGAAUGUUGAGGUUUACAAGUUUGGAACACUUCACACAAUCAGAGGGUGCACUCUUUUUGGUUAUUGUAUUUUAUGAAGGGCACGCAUUUUAAAAACGUUCCAAUUGUUGCUAGGUUGUGUCAAAUAUUUAUUUAAAGUAUCAUGAUAGGAAAACUAGAAGACCAAAUAAUAAUUUGCCAGCUGCUUAAAGCAUACAAAAAGUG